UCGGGCGCCCGCAUUUGGCCGGCGAUUUAUUGUAGCUCCAGGCCAAGUCCCCUACCCACGGUUCCCACUACCACUGCCCACGGGCACCACUUCCUCCCAAUGGUGACACCCAACAGCUCACCUGCAGAUAGGCGCAGGGCUUGCUUGAUCUUCCCUGCCGUGGGGUGCUUUUAAGCUUCAACGCUCUUGGCUCUGGGCCCUUGGGAAAGCUACUGCUCACUUCUCUGAUCCUCAGUCUUUUCAUCUGUAAAAUGGAGCAAAUAACAGUGACCACCUCAUUGGAGAUAGCACCUGUCAAAAGUGAGGCACAGGGUCAGGCAUCGGCAAAGCCCUGUCUCCAAUGAGCUGCUGGCUAGUGUUCUAAUGUUGUUACUAUUGUGGACCCACCGUCUCCUCCAGACCCAUUCCCUGUCCCAGAUUUGUUUGCCUCCAUGGGGGCGAUAGAAGCCAGGGGGCAACAGUUUCAGGCACCUCCCGGAUCGCAGCUGUAGGAGUCGGCUCUUCUAGCCUGCUUAUCCUCUGCCCCACUAGCCCCCACCCCCCAACACACACACAUGAUUUGGGGUGGGCCAGGCUGCCGGGGCGGGUCUGUGGGCCAGGGUAUUUUCCCUUCCGAAGGGGGCGGACCGGCCCUGUGGUUUCCUCCCUGAGUGACUUCCGGCAGGGAGGGCUCGGCCCCCAGAGAGGGUGGGGAGAUGACACAGUUGUUCCCCCAGCCCUGGCGGGGCGGGCAGCAUGGUUCACUCCAGCAUGGGGGCUCCAGAAAUAAGAAUGUCUAAGCCCCUGGAGGCCGAGAAGCAAGGUCUGGACUCCCCAUCAGAGCACACAGACACUGAAAGAAAUGGACCAGACACUAAUCAUCAGAACCCCCAGAAUAAGACCUCCCCAUUCUCUGUGUCCCCAACUGGCCCCAGCACAAAGGUGGGCAUUCUCUCUGGCCUCCACUUAACAUUCUGGGGUCCCGGACCCUGCCUCUCUCCCCCCCAGAUCAAGGCUGAAGACCCCAGUGGCGAUUCAGCCCCAGCAGCACCCCUGCCCCCCCAGCCGACCCAGCCUCAUCUGCCCCAGGCCCAACUCAUGUUGACGGGCAGCCAGCUAGCUGGGGACAUACAGCAGCUCCUCCAGCUCCAGCAGCUGGUGCUUGUGCCAGGCCACCACCUCCAGCCACCUGCUCAGUUCCUGCUACCGCAGGCCCAGCAGAGCCAGCCAGGCCUGCUACCGACACCAAAUCUAUUCCAGCUACCUCAGCAAACCCAGGGAGCUCUUCUGACCUCCCAGCCCCGGGCCGGGCUUCCCACACAGGCCGUGACCCGCCCUACGCUGCCCGACCCGCACCUCUCGCACCCGCAGCCCCCCAAAUGCUUGGAGCCACCAUCCCACCCCGAGGAGCCCAGUGAUCUGGAGGAGCUGGAGCAGUUCGCCCGCACCUUCAAGCAACGCCGCAUCAAGCUGGGCUUCACGCAGGGUGAUGUGGGCCUGGCCAUGGGCAAGCUCUACGGCAACGACUUCAGCCAGACGACCAUUUCCCGCUUCGAGGCCCUCAACCUGAGCUUCAAGAACAUGUGCAAACUCAAGCCCCUCCUGGAGAAGUGGCUCAACGACGCAGAGACUAUGUCUGUGGACUCAAGCCUGCCCAGCCCCAACCAGCUGAGCAGCCCCAGCCUGGGUUUCGAUGGGCUGCCCGGCCGGAGACGCAAGAAGAGGACCAGCAUCGAGACAAACGUCCGCUUCGCCUUAGAGAAGAGUUUUCUAGCGAACCAGAAGCCUACCUCAGAGGAGAUCCUGCUGAUCGCCGAGCAGCUGCACAUGGAGAAAGAAGUGAUCCGCGUCUGGUUCUGCAACCGGCGCCAGAAGGAGAAACGCAUCAACCCCUGCAGUGCGGCCCCCAUGCUGCCCAGCCCGGGGAAGCCGGCCAGCUACAGCCCCCAUAUGGUCACACCCCAAGGGGGUGCGGGAACCUUACCAUUGUCCCAAGCUUCCAGCAGUCUGAGCACAACAGUUACUACCUUAUCCUCAGCUGUGGGGACGCUCCACCCCAGCCGGACAGCUGGAGGGGGUGGGGGCGGGGGCGGGGCUGUGCCCCCCCUCAAUUCCAUCCCCUCUGUCACUCCCCCACCCCCGGCCACCACCAACAGCACAAACCCCAGCCCUCAAGGCAGCCACUCGGCUAUCGGCUUGUCGGGCCUGAACCCCAGCACGGGAAGCACAAUGGUGGGGUUGAGCUCCGGGCUGAGUCCAGCCCUCAUGAGCAACAACCCUUUGGCCACUAUCCAAGCCCUGGCCUCUGGUGGAACCCUGCCCCUUACCAGCCUUGAUGGCAGCGGGAACCUGGUGCUGGGGGCAGCUGGCGCAACCCCGGGGAGCCCCGGCCUGGUGACCUCGCCGCUCUUCUUGAACCAUGCUGGGCUGCCCCUGCUCAGCACCCCGCCUGGUGUGGGCCUGGUCUCAGCAGCAGCUGCGGCCGUGGCGGCCUCCAUCUCCAGCAAGUCUCCUGGCCUCUCCUCAUCCUCUUCAUCCUCCUCCUCCUCCUCCACUUGCAGCGAGGUGGCCGCACAGACCCCUGGAGGCCCAGGGGGGCCCGAGGCAGCGUCCAAACCUGAGUGAGGGCCAGCCAUGCCUCCCUUCCCAUUCCUCUGAUCCCUGCCUUGGUCCCUCACCUGGGAAGAGGGCGAGGAGGCCAGUGGUGGGGACACAGAGGGUCCUCAGAGCAGAGUGACAAGGGAGGAAAGACCAAAAAAACAAACCAACCAAAAAAAAAAAAAGGAAAUAAACUAACCAACAAAAGAGAAAACCAAAAAUAAUCACAACAGAAACCAGCUGCCCCAAAGGAACCAGAGGUGAAAAACAAACAAACAAACAAAAACCAAAAACUAACCAAAAAAAUAAAAAAAAAACCCCACAAAAUCAAACAAACCAAAAAACCAGUCGCGAGCCAGACCUCAGCGUGCUCACCCUCACUGCUACAACGCCAAAUAAGAACCCCAGCCAGGGGCGGAGAAGCCUCCAGCAGGUCAGACCUCAUGCCACCGAACCCUGGCUGUGGGACCAACCCCCAACCCUGCCUCCCCGCAUGGGGGCUAUAGAUGGAAAAAGAAGAUGCCAGCUUCCUAGUCCCGGCCCCCAGCCCUGGACCAGCGAAGACAGGGCACAGCCUGGGCAGAUGGGCUGGGGCUCAGCACCACCCACCAAAUGUUCUUUUCCAGAAGGUGAAAGAGAAAGGGCCUGAACAACCUUACACCAAAUAUUCAGUAGCUUCAUCCAAAGGAUGUACAGAAUUUUUAGCAUUGUGCUCAACAGAAUGUGUCCCUACCAUGUGUCCCCCUCUCCCCUGGCCCCCAGCUCUCCCCACCUGGGCAGGGGGGCUCGCUUUAACCUCCUGCCUCCCCCCAGCCAGGGGAGAGUUCAAGAGAAGGCCUGGGGACAACUUUUCAUCCCUUGUUCCUCCCUCUUUUCCCCUUUGAAAGGUGGGCUAGGCCAUUUUGCCAAGUUCUAGCUCUCACAAGUCCCUCCUCAACCCUGUCACCCUCCUCUGCUCUGGAAGCGACCCCCUCCCCAUCUUAUGGGAAGGUGGAAGUUUCAGGCUAGAGGGGAUGAAGGCAUUCAGUUGAGGGCAUUCAGUUGUCUUUUUCCAUCCUGUCUGUUUCCCUGAAAAAAAAAAAUUCAUAUUCCAGUGCCUAUCCGUGGGAUCCUUCACGUUCUUUGACAUUAACCAGAAACCAAAAAGAGAACUCAUCUUGCUUUUCCCACCCCGUGCCCCUCUGGUACUGGCGAAUGCCUCUCCCUCCCCCCCACAUGCACACAUGCACACACCCCAGUGGUGGGGUUCCUUGAGAUGGCAUCCCCAUCAGGGUCCAUGUGGUGGGACAGUGCCACAGCCUGUGGUCCCCAUCUGAGAGGGUGCGGUGGUGGCCACCAAUCCCACAAGACCUCCACAAGUCUUGGCUGGACCCUGUGUUUGACCAGCCCUGGACACAUCUCCACUGACGAUGGACAGAGGAGAGACGCCACUGGGAGCCACCCUGCCCUCCUGCUAUUGUGGAGGCCAACAAAGUUUUGAACCAAAAACCAAAAAAACAGAAACAAUAAAUUUAAACUAGAAAAAAAGAAUUUAUAUAUAUAUAUACAUAUAUAUAUAUAUAUAUAAAAGGGAAAGAAGAUGAGGACUCUUCAAGAAUAAGACGGAACCGCGAGGCGGAGCCAAGCCCCUGCACCGGUGGCCCUUGUUCCCCAAGGCGGACAGAAGGACGGAUGCUUCUUUCUCUUCACAAAUACCUCAUGGACGUCGUCUUUGGGAAAGCCGGAGGGGGCGGCUGGGGCAGGGCCUGUCCCUCGGCCAGGGCAGAUAGAAGCAGGUGGGUGGGGCUGAGAGAGGGUGUCAGGGACAGGGGUGAAGAACCCCAAACUCCCCCCCCAAAUCAACUGAAAAAGCUUUAAAAAAAAGAAAGACAGGAAAAAAGGGAGUAAGAAAGCAAAAAGAACAGAUGAAGGAAAACUUAACUUUCCGGUGGUUUGAUUCCUUCUUUGAUUUCUUUUUCGGUUCUCUUUUGUCUGUCCUCUCUCCUCCUCUCCUUCCUCUCUUCUCCCUCCUUCCUCUCUCCUCCGUCUCCCUUUGCUCUCCUCUCUCCUCUCUCAAUCUUGUUCUUUCUGUGUCUCUCCUCAAACCAAAGUGUUGCAGUGAAGGACACGAGCCAUUGAAAUCAGGGUGGGGCCUGACAGCCACAGUGUGGCCCCCGCCCCUCGCUGGGCAGGAGCAGAGAGAGGGGAGAGCCCUGAGACCACAGGGCUUUGGCCUGGGCAGCUUCCACUUUCUGCCGGACACUCUGAGGAGAGGCAGAUGGAGCCCCAGGCCUCAGUGUUCUCUUUUUUCUUGUCUCCCUUCUCCCACCCGGGAAAUGAAACUGUUGGGCUGGGCCAUGGAGGCAGCAGAGACUCGGCCAUUGCAGGGGCCUCCGGGUGCCUUGUCCGGGCAGUGGUGGAGUAGCCGCCCCUCCCACCCCUGGCAUGAUGGGGCCUGGCACCUUGUUGACCCAUCCUCGCCGGAAUGUAAGCAUCUCCGCUGAAUGACUCCCUGCCCUUACCCUACCUCUGAGUUUGUCCAUGUUUAUUUCCUGAAGAGAGAAGGGACUGGUAAGAGGGCUUGGGUCCCAGCCCAAGGGUGGAGAGGGGGCCAAGGGCUCCUGACCAAAUAGGAAGGACAUUUGAGCAGAGCAAAAUGAAAGGAAUUACAACCAAAAACCCCCUCUGAGAAGACAGGCAGCAUGGAAGGCAUGGUGGAGAUGACUCAAACAAAAACUAUGAUUCUAGACCAAAAAGGAAAAAAAAAAAAAAAGGAAAGAAAAUCCAGGACUCACCACCACCCACUUCAUCCUGCUUCCUCCCCAUCAAGUCCCACCACCUGGGACCUCUCCCCACCCCAGUAUGGGGUAGUGGGGCAAACAGAAGAGGAGGAGCAGGGGGCAGGGAAGGGGCAGAUGCCCUGACGUUGGUGGAGGGACCCCUGUGCAGCCAGGGGUGCUGGGGACCCUCCCCAUCCAACCCUCACACCUAGGAAAAGAAAAACAAGAAAAAAGAAAAUUCCUGGGAGGGGGAAAAAUAACCAAAUCCCAAGCUUUAACUACAGCUGUGAAACCAAAUAUUGGGAAGGGGGUAGGAGGGAAGGAGGGGCAGGUGAGCCCCAGGUCUCCCCCCUGGGCCCCCCUCCCCCGAGGACUCGAGAUAAGGCACCAAAUACCUCAUAGAACUUUAAUGUUAAAAAAAGGAAACCAAAUAUCGUUGGCUGGGGGCCAGCCAGGGCAAGGGGCUGGGGGGCUGGAGGGAGCCAGGGUUGGGAAGGUGAUGGGGGAAUUCAUGCCCCCCACCCCCAUCUGCCCCUUCCACUCUGGUCCCCCGUCUCGACUCCGGGAAACAAAACUAUCUCAUCGUUUUUAUUUUGUGGUCUGUACAGAGCCUGUGUCCGUGUGUCUGUGUGUGAGCGAGAGAGUUGGAGGGCUGGGGAGCUUUAUGUGGGGGAUGGGGAGGGAAACCCCAGGCUAGGCUAUGGGCUAGGUUAGGUGUCUGAGGUUGGGAGCUGAGGGCCUGGGCUAGAAAGAGAGGAGAGAUGAGUGGAUUGGAGCAGUGGGGAGCCCUCUGAAUUUCUCUUCUCCCCAACCUUGACCUCCUACUUAAGGGAGGGACAGAGACUGGGUCUACCCUAAUGGUGGGCCUUUUCAUUGUGCCAAAAAAAAAAAAAAAAAAAAACUGAUGCCAGUAACUAAACCACCUCUCUCUGUUCUCUUCUAGGGGGUGGGGUGGGUGUGUGUGUGUUGGGGUGGGUAGGGAUGGGGAACCCAAGCCCCAGUAGGAGUUGGGGCUGAGAUCAGGAGGGGAAGGAUAUGAGUUUUCUACCCAUCUCCCCGGAGAAGGCCAUGAUGGGCUCUCCAAGCCCUGGGGAGAUUUGGUGAGGGACUAGCCAAGUCAGGGUGACCUCUUGACCUGACUAGUUUUUCUAACCCACCCGAAUACCAGGGUGCCUCUCUCUUCCUCUAGCCCAGGGUAGGGGGACCUGAGUGAGAGAGUGAGACAGACAGCAAGAUUGAGACACGCGGGCCCCCACUGGUCUCUGAGUGGGAAAGGCAAGUGCGAGAGAUAAAGGCCUCCAAGAGAAAAAAGAAACAAACCAAAGAUUUAACCAUUAAAAAAAAAAAAAAAAAACCCACAGACAACUCCGCUACCUUUUUAUACGUUGGAAAAAAAAGUGAAAAAAAUUUAAAAAUAAAAAUAAAAAAAAAAUACACAAAAACUCCAAGCCGCAGGUCCUUCAUGCGGUUUAAACUUUGACCUCAGCAGUCUCCAAAGCAAGACGACGAUGACAAAGGCGGAAACAAAGAAAAAAUAAUGUAUAUUUUUAAGUAUUUGUCCUUGAAUUGUUAGCUCCUUGUUAAACAAACAAGAAAAGGAGAGAAAAAUCCAGAGAGAAGUGUUGCUGGGAUGGAGACGACUAUUUACUAUGUCUGUGACCCCUCCCUUUUGCCUCCCUCCCCUUCCUCUCUUUCCUGUCCUCUAUCCUUGCUGCCCCUCCCCCAACCUGUCCCCCAAACCCAGGGGCUCAGUAUUUAUUUAUUUAUAUAAUUGCAGGGUGACUGGGGGCCUCUCUCGGCAACUCAUAGAGGGCCUUUGGAUCAUGGUGGGGUGGGGAAAGAGUGAGGAGUCUUUGGGAAGAGCAGGGGCCUGAACUUGGAUCAACUCCUUUCUGGCCUCUUGUCCCACUGCUGCCACCAUCACCUUCCAAAUCCAGGGCUGCACUAGGGCAAGGUGACCACCCUACCUCGUAAAGACCUGAUUGGCGCAGCCCAUUCUGGUGUGGGUGUCUCUCACUGCCCAGAAUGACCAGGUUGGAAUGGAGGUGGGUGAAGUUGGAGGGGGUGGCAAGUACAAGGCAAGGGUGCCCAAGAACUGGCAUCCAGAAAUCAGCCCCAGAGUAGACCUGUCUUUCCUCCAUCCUCACCAAGUUAGCCUCCCUUUCAGUUCCGUCUGACCCCUGUGUUGGUAGCCCCUUCCUUCCCUUCCUGUACCCCCUCCCUGUCUCUUCUCGUGGUAGCGGGUUAGCGUUUCAGUGUUCUUAACUCCAAUCUGCUUGUUCAUUGUACAAUGUGCUUCUUUUAAGGCCCCAUUUUUGUAACUUGAGUGUGUCAUUCAUCUGAACAACAAACAUCAAAAAAUAAAAAAUUAAAAACUGUACAGAGAGAAAUGA